AUGACGACUCACAUCUCCCAUCUAGAACAGGAUUUAUCCGGUUCCGUGACCACUACAACUAGUACGGUCUCCCACCUUUCUUGUGGCACCCCCGAUUCUGUGCCCAUCUUCCACAGUCUCCUGAGGUUUCGCUCCGAUCAUCGUCGGUCUCUAGAAACUUCCAGUGUAGUUGGCGACACUGUUGCGGUCGAACAAGUUCCACGGCCAGGCCAUCGGCGGCGCGCGUCCAUACUUAGCAAACUGGCGGGUCCGCGGGAAAACGCAAAGCGAUUCCUCCGCCUGGGGACUCCUAUCCACCCGACUACUACGCUGACGCCACCCACUCCCACUCCCUCAAUGCCCGAAACACAUCGCCCUCGCCCCGUGUCUGAGAUUCUUUUGUCCCCCGAUGAUGCACAAAUGCUUGCCAGCACAGGUUUGAGGACGGGCAGGCUGCGCUCCCACUCUUCGUCGACCGUGUCGGCGUCCCAGCCUUCCCCGAUUUCGGCUCAACCGGCAAUCCCGGCGGCGGAUCCAUCGGUGCCGUUUCCCACUCUGCGCAAUGAGAAGAUCGUGGCGACCGGCAGUGGCAUAACGGUUGGUGUUGCGCUCACCGAACCCGUCCUGUUUCUUCAGGGUUAUGAUCAGAACGAUCCCAGCACCAAAAAGUCCGCCAUCCUGCGCGGGCAGCUGCAUCUCAAAAUUACCAAGAGUGUCAAAGUCAAGAAGAUCUCUAUUUGUUUCCGCGGACAUGCCCAGACCGAUUGGCCAGAUGGUAUGUUACAUCCCAUUGUCCUUACCCCAGGUGGCGUCACCACUAACUCAUUGUCUUCUGUAGGGAUUCCGCCCAAGAAAGUCCACUUUCACGACAAGAAAGACCUCGUCACACAUGGCGUCAUGUACUUUAACCAUGGAGAUACUGCGCUGAUGCAAAAUGACUACGGCGCGCACUUCUACCAGCACGCCAAACCGGUGACGUCGGUGACGGGCAAGGAUGGGCCGACCACCAGCACCCGGGAGUUGCUCUCCAAGACCGGCUCGGUGACCUCGUUGGGCCAGAACGGCCAACUGACAACCAAGGAUUUGAAGCGACUGUCCUUGCAAUCCAACCAUUCGCGCAGUCUGAGCAAGAAUGACGCCCCGCCGCCCCCGGCUCACACUCAGCGCAACUACCGGUUGUUCCCCGUCGGUGAUUAUCUGUAUAGCUUCGAGUUUCCCAUCGAUGGCUCUCUCCCCGAGACGAUCAAGACCGAUCUGGGGUCUGUUCGCUAUGAUAUCGAAGCGAUUGUGGAACGGGCGGGUGCGUUUCGCCCCAAUCUGCUGGGUACGUUGGAAGUGCCGGUCAUCCGCACGCCAGCAGAGGGCUCGUUGGAGCAGGUCGAGCCGAUCGCCAUUUCGCGAAACUGGGAAGACCAGCUGCAUUAUGACAUUGUCAUCUCGGGAAAGUCAUUUCCUCUUGGAUCGCAGGUUCCCAUCGCGUUCAAGUUGACGCCGUUGGCGAAGGUUGAGUGCCACCGGAUCAAGGUGUAUGUGACUGAGAACAUUCAGCACUGGACUGCGGACAAGAGCGUCCAUCGGUUUCAACCAGCAAAGAAGGUGCUGCUUUUUGAGAAGAGGGCGGACUCAGCCAGUACCAGCACCUACCCGGGAAGCUCAAUGCGAGUGACGGCCGGUGGCGGCAUCGACUGGGACCGUCGCGCGGCUGCUGCGAGGGGCGAGGAGAUUGUCGAUCGGAACCGGACCAACCUCCUUGGUAAUCUCUCCAGCGACGCGGGGGUUGGCCCGACUGAGAUGGAGUUCAAUGUUCAGCUUCCCAGUUGCCAGGAGAUGCGCAACCGGGAUGAAUCCCAGCGACUGCACUUUGACACCACGUAUGAGAACAUUCAAAUCAACCACUGGAUCAAGAUUGUACUGCGGCUGUCCAAGGUUGACGAACGAGAUUCGGGCAAGCGAAGACACUUUGAAAUCUCGAUCGACUCUCCUUUCCACCUGCUUUCCUGCAAGGCUACCCAAGCGAAUAUCUACCUACCCGCAUACACCUCACCCGACUCGGAGCCGCCGCCGCAGGCUCAGGAGUAUGAAUGUGGCUGUCCGGGGGCGCCGCCGGUCAACAGGAAUGGUUCUCGGAACGGCUCCAGCCGGCAGUCACUGUCUUCUGACCGGGACGAGGUGUCCCUCGGCGGCGCAGUUGCGAGAAGCUUCACUAAUGGUUCCGGUGGGCUGGCUCGACCUCCCCAGGCGCAUUUGGCGGAUGAGCCAACCGAUCGACACCCUGCGCCCCGGCCGAUGCAUCUUCUGCGGGCGCCAUCAUUUGCACCGCCCGCCUUCGAAGAUGUCCCGCCACCACCACCACUCGUGACGCCUCCCCCGGAGUAUAACUCCAUCGUUGGGGACAACGACCGAGAAUCGGUUCUGCAGGACUACUUCUCACGGCUAUCCUUUUACGAGGAACAUGCCGAUGAUGAUCGGGGCCGCGGCCGAGUUGAUGUGCCUCUCACGCCAGGGGGGCGCGUGAACCGCAGCAUGGACGUCCCACGGGAGUGGAUACCAGCUGUAGCAGAUACAGCAGAUGCAUGGAUUGAGUUAUACGUACUGAAUAGUGGUAUCCCCUUGCCUCCAUAUCUAAAGCAUGAACCUAAUGAUGAAGCAGCGGUGAAAGGUCAAAGCAACUUCACUUGGUUAUUACCUCUGAGGUUUGAGCUGCAGAAAACAAAGAGCAAAAUGCCCAUCGAAGUAACAGACCUCACCGAGGCAGAUAUCCCCGCCGCCAUUGAGAUCAUUCAGACGGCGUUUGCGGAAGAUCCGUAUUUCAAGUGGGUGUUUGAUGCUGAGAAUUUCAACAAGCAGCGCAAUCACGAUUCCCUAGCGGUGCGAUGUCGCUGGGGAAUCAACAAUGCCAUCUUCCAAGUUGCGACAGACACAUCAAAACCCCCAGGGAAAAAGAUAGUCGGCGUCUCCUGCUGGCUCCCACCUACCCCCGCUCACACACCAGAGACAUGGUACAGCUGGACACAAAACUGGCUUCUCAGCUUUCGCCAGACGCUCAACAACGUAUGGCAUUUCGGACGGGGCGGACUCCGCACGAACCGCUACUGGAUUUGGAAGGAGCGGCAGCAUGAAGCGCAAAGCCAGAUCUGGGAUGAUCCCAAGGGAUACUAUUUCUGCAAUAUCGUGGCGGUGCACCCGGAAUGUCAGGGUCUGGGGGUGGGGAGGAAGCUCUUUGAGGCGGUGACGGAUCGGGCGGAUCAGGAGGGAGUCAAGUGUUAUUUGGAGAGUUCGAGGAAUGUGCCUAAUGUGCAGAUUUAUGAGAAGAUGGGGUUCGAGAUGAGGAGGGAGAUGGAGUGUAGGGAUGGGGAGGAUGUUUGUAUGGGGCUUUGUGGUGAAACGGGGUGUUGUAUCAGAUGGUUGGCUAACUUGGGACAGCUCUAUUGUAUGGUUCGUGAGCCAAAGACCAAGUCGGAACUGUGA